AUGACUCUAGCAAACGAACACAUCAGUAAACUUCGCGAGUCCUCAAAUUCGCAGUCAAAUAUGAAGGGCCCACGUCCCCUGACAAUUGUCAUAAAGCUUGGAACAUCGUCAAUCUGCGAUGAGAAAACCCACGAACCUUUACUAUCCAAUCUCUCCCUACUCGUCGAGACAUCAUGCCGGCUCCGGCGAGAGGGACACCGAGUGAUUCUUGUCAGCUCCGGCGCAAUUGGUAUCGGAAUGAGAAGACUGGAUAUUGAGAAGAGACCAAAACAUCUCGCGGUUGUGCAGGCAAUCGCGGCAGUGGGUCAGUGCAGGCUUAUUGCGCUGUGGGAUGAGCUGUUCAAGCAGCUGCGACAACCCGUUGCGCAGAUUCUCCUGACAAGGAAUGAUAUCGCAGAUAGAACACAAUACCUCAAUGCCGUGAAUACACUGUCUGAGCUGCUCAACAUGGGGAUUAUUCCCAUUGUGAACGAGAACGACACUCUUUCUGUAAAUGAAAUCAAAUUUGGUGAUAACGAUACCCUCUCAGCCAUCACUGCAGGAAUGGUAAAUGCAGACUACCUAUUCCUUAUGACGGAUGUCGACUGCCUCUACACCAACAACCCACGUACCCACCCCGAUGCCAAACCAAUCGAGGUGGUCGACGACAUAUCGUCACUUGAUGUUGAUGUCUCUACCGCUGGCUCUUCUCUUGGUACCGGUGGCAUGUCCACCAAGCUCACUGCCGCUCGCCUUGCCACUUCCGCCGGCGUAACUACAAUUAUCACGCGCUCCUCCACCCCCUCAAACAUCUUCCACAUUGUGCGCUACAUCCAAUCGCUCAAGACCGAGUCUGCUACCAAUACCCGCCCUGGCACCCCCGACACCUCCAUUAACCCACCCUUGACUGUUUCUGCCUCUGCGCCUGUCACACCUCUGCGGUCUACCACUCCUGCGCCACCAGCGAUUACUACCCCGCCACCGCUUCAUACCCGCUUCCUACCCAAGCCGCGCGCGCUGCGUGAUAGAUACUUCUGGAUCCUACACGGUUUGGCUCCCCAUGGCACGAUUUACAUCGACGAAGGCGCGCACCGCGCUCUCACGAGGUCGGAUAAAGCUGGGUUGCUCCCAGUAGGGGUUGUCGACGUUUCUGGUCAUUUUGCGCAGCAAGACGCAGUGUCGGUCGUUGUGGUCAAGAGACGGGCAGGAGAGGAAGGCGGUUAUGAAGUGCUCGGGAAGGAAGUUGGAAGGGCGCUCGUAAACUAUUCCAGCGCUGAGAUCGCGAGGAUUAAGGGCGAGAGAAGUGGGAAGAUCCAGGAGCUGCUGGGCUAUGCAGAUUCGGAGUAUGUUGCGUUCAGAGAUAAUCUCGCGUUCUUCGAGGUUGCGGCGGGAGCAGAGAAGGAAGAUGCGCAUGCGGUAUAG